AGCGGCUGGCGCCAGUAACGCCGUGUCUUUUCUUUCCACCUCCUAUCUCUCUCUACCUGCCUCUUCCUUCCAUCUCCUUCUCUUCUUGUCCCUCUGUCCGUCCUCCUUCUUCGUCAUUCAGGCUCUGUGUUUCCUAAGUGCGUGUCCGUCCUUUGUCUCUUGCUUGCACGCGCGUAUAAUCGUGUAUCUUUGUGUAUAAGAUUUGUGCGCGUUGUGUAUGCGAGAGACCCGCCCCGGGAAAAGGACCGCCGUGCGCGCUUCUGCACUUUGCUUGUCUGACUGAGCGUUGAACGGAAAGAGAAGACUGGAAGGAAGGUCUUGCCCUGGAAGAUUUCGUGAUUGCUAAAGAAGAAAUUCUAAGCCGGAAAGUACACUGGUCCUUCGCCGUUUCUGAUUGGCUCCUCGGUAGAGAUUGUCUCAGAGGAGAUUAACAUCAAACGGCAGCCAGCCAUGAUAUGCAUGCAGUAAUUGUGCAUUCGCUGUCAACAGCACGGAUUCCACAAGUUCCGUUUUUUCUGAUUGGUCGAUGUUAAUUGCAUAGACAAUAAUGUCAUUACUGAAGUGACGCUCUAGGAAGUCAGGGCUUUCUCGAUUCAGUGUUACGACGUCUGUCCAACUGAUAGAUAUCCAUAUUACUUUUUGGAAAUACAUUUCAUCUGAAGCACUGUGGUUUUGUCGUUGAUCUUGAUUAAUGCCAUAGAAAUGAUGCCCUGAAAUUAAGCCUCAGUGACCUUAUCUUCGCCAUGAACGAGUUAAGUGUCGGCAAUAUCCGGGAGGAUACGGCCUCUCGGCCUACUCCUCCCUCCUCGCUGGCUGUGGUUCCCUCCCAUUUGGCGUCGGAUUCGCCCUCCAGCGAAGACUCGCCCGAGAGUGACGCCUCGUCUCUCUCACCGAUGGAAUGGCUCUCGCCCUUGGAGUCGCCUUGUGACCUGUCAGUCAUAUCCGGCAACCACAGCCUUUUUUCACCGGGUUCAUGCAUCGAGAUUCCCAUUCCUGGGUUAGCUACACCUUUGGUCUCACCCAGUGUACCGUCGUCAUUCCAUAGCAUGACUUCGCCAUCGACCACAAUGUCCCCAUCAGGAACUGCCCCACCAGUGCACAGCACUAGGUCAUCUCCAGAUCCCAAAGUACCAACUGCAAGCUAUGUUUCAUCAGACAGUGACUCGGGAUCAGGAUGGAGCACGCCCUCUCCUGUCCGGAGCGUGGUUUCGAAUCCGAGUGUCCCUUGCUCCUCCCAGAACUCUCCUGUCUGGUCUUCCUCAUCUCUUACCUCCUCAACGUCUUCUUCCUCAUCUCCACCAUCUGAUGUGAAAAGGUACUUAGUUGCAACAGCAAAUGGAAGGCGCAGUAGUACUACAGACCUUGCCCAGACCAGAGCAACGCGCAGAAACUUAUGGGAAAAUAUCCGGGCCAACCCCAAACUCAAUAACAGCAAGUGCAGCUCUCAUUGUCGUCACGGGAAGCGUUCAACUCCCACCAUUGAUGAUGAUGAUGAUGAUGAUGAUAGUGAUUUCAGCUACACCUACCCAGCCAGUCCUUCAUCUCGCAACUCACCACUCUAUAGAUGUCCUGUAUCAUCAGGCCCUCUCCUUUAUGGGCCUGCCAGCCCAAUUUCUCAGGGACCUCCAUAUCAAAGAGAUAGAAGUUCACGUUCUCCAAGUCCUAUACCUCGAUCCAGAAAGAGAUCCUCUCGGUCUCCUGUCAGUCCAUUACACUCCCCAGGAAGUCCUUCAGGUUGUUCAGUUGUUGGCCCAGGGGAAGGACUUGAAGGUUCAUCAUCACACUCCUGCAAAACCCCAAUUUCAUCUUCACCAAGCCCUGUUGGCCGCCAUUCAAAGCAUCAUAUAUCAAGUUCUCCAAAGGAUACAGACGUUCUAUCUUUGAAAAGUCCAGUGAACGAAGUAGCAAAGUCUAGGUGCAUUAGCAGUGACACUACGAAGGGGAAACGACGAAGUGUUUCAGGUGUGGUAAGUAAUGCCAGCAUCAGUAGCAAAGCCUUCCGUAAGAAGCAGAACCACGGGGCCUCUGCAAGUCAUAUAGAUGAACACCGAAGUCCCGAAAUUGUUAUCACUGCAGAUAAUAUAGAUAUCAUCCUUAGUGAUGACUAUUCAACUAUGGACAAUAUAGAGACUGAACACAACACAUCUACAAAGAAAGGUAUUUCAUCAAAGAAAUCAACAAGGCAUCUCACAGAUUUUGAAAACACUUCCCAAAAUAACGUCUCCAGGAAAUCCCAGUCAAAUCUGGAAGGAGAAAAGAUAAAGAAACUCGAGGAUCGCAAGGAAGAUGUGGGAAAGGAGGAGACUGGCAAUGAAACAAGUGAUAAGGAUGAAAAGAUUCCCACAAAAAACAGGAGGAAGAAAGCAAGGUCCAACAGCCUUGCACAUGAGCAACUCAGAUCAUCUUUGAAAGAGAACAUUUCCAGCUCGGUUCAUAACCUUGGUGGCAACCAUUCAUCUGCAUCAAACAGUAUUAGUUACAGUAUUCCUAGUUCCCUCCAUACUAUUUGCAGUGGAGGUGAUAGCAGCCCAAAACACACUAACAAGAAAAGUAAUAGAACAGCUAGUAGAAGCUCCAGCAGAAAUAGCAGGAGUGUUAGCAACAGCCUGUGGGAUUUGACUGUUAGAAAACCUCUUAGUCAUUGCAGCACUCCUUCCCCUUCACGUGACAGCACCACAAAUGCAGAGAAGUGGCGGCGGGCUAGUUUAGGGACUGUAGGUCUGUCAGUGAGGAGCAGAUCUUCCACACCAAAAGACAGAGAUGGUAGCAGACGUAAUUCAGUUACUAACACAAAUAGUGGUAGUACCUGGAGUCUUUGGGGAGGGGGAGGGAAGAGCAAGAGUAUCACCUUUGGCCCCCCACCCCCCAUCACUGCCACUGUAUCCAGAGUGACCCCCACACUUUCCAAAACCAGUGCUGCUGCAUCAAAGACGGGACCCUCCAUAUCAAAGACUCAGGGAGCCAUACCCAAAACCAGGAAUGCGUCAUCUAGUAUUUCGAGAGUUGGCAAAGUGGUCAGCAAUGCCAUCAGGGUUGGUAAUACACUCAAAAAAGGAACACAGAAGAGCCCGACUAGCACAUCCACAGAACUCGACUUGCCCCGUGUGUCUCCUGGCCAAAGGCUGAGCAGAAAAGUCAGCAGCAGGAAGAACAGUGCUGUGUUUAAUUCAAGAAUGAGUCCUGAUAACGGCGUUCGUAUCAGGGAUGCUUCAAGAUACAGCCCUGUUGGAGACCCCACCAAUUGUUCUCACAGUUCUCGAGGAAGUACAAACAGCCUGUGGGACAGUGCAGUGGAUAACAGUAACAAUGUUUGGGACAGUAAUUUUAGCUUAAAGGACAGCUUCAUGGGCAGCACUAUCAGUUUAAAAGACAGUUCUAUGGGUAGUUCCAUGAGCCUUCAUGAUAGUGCAAUGGGGAGCUCCAUAAGCCUAAGAGAUAGUAUAAUGGGUAGCAACAACAGUUUGAGACAUUGCUCCAUUGGUAGCAGCUCCAGUCUACGUGAUAGUGCCCUUGGUAGCUCCACGAGCCUUGUGUAUAGCACCUUGGACAGUAUUGCCAGCUAUAAGGAUAGCACAAUGGGUAGCUGUACCAGUUUAAGAGAUGAUUUAAAGGGUAGCGGUGCUAGUCGGAUAGAUAUGCCCAUGGCCAGUAGCAAGAGUCUUACUGACAGUGUUUUAGAUUUAAGCAAGAAAGAUGUGUGUAAGACAGCAAACAUUAAUGAUAAUACCAUUGGUAGUGCAGGUGUGAGUCAUGCGAAUAUCAAAAGAGAUGAUUCAAGGGGUAGUACUACAAGUUUAAAAGACAGCAUUCUGUGUUGUAGUACUCAUUCAUUGAAAAGCAUGGGUAGCACUACAAGUCUGAAAGAAAGCACCUUGGCUAAUACUUCUAAUAUGAGAGAUGUAGGUAGCAUCACCAGUCUCAAAGAGGAUGACAUAGAUAGUAGAAAAAAUAGCUCCUUUGAGAAUGCAGGAAAAAUGUGCAGAGCUUAUAGUCGUGCAAAGAGCAUGACAAACCUCAGAGAUGAUUCACUUUUUAACACUGCAAACUCUGGGUAUGUUGAUAUGGCAGAUGCUUAUGUUACCAGACAAAAAGAUAUUCUCUUGGGUAGUGCUACUAACUUGGAAGAUAAAGCCGCAAGUUCCCGUCUAAGACAUGGCAUAUUAGGUAGUGCCACUAAUUUGAGAGAUAGUGUCAUGACCAGUAACCAAAACCUUAGGCAUGGUGUGAUAGGAAGCACCACCAACCUACGAGAAAAAUUCACAAGUAAUACUCCUCGUCUAAGACAUGGUGUUGCAGGAAGCACUACUGAUGUCAGGGAUAGUUACUUAGGUAGAAGUAAUAGCAUUCGACAUAGUAGAAAUGGCAGCACUACCAACAUCAGAGACAAUGCAAUGGGCAGCACUGUUAGUCUCAGGCACAGUGCCAUCAGUGACUUGAUUGAUAGUGCUAUUGGUCUUGCUACAGAUACUAUAUUUAAUACUAACUUGCAUGACACUGAUGAAAGCAGUAACUCCGAAGAUGAAAAUGCAAACAAAAUAUAUGGCUCUUUGACCAAUAAGGCUAUGGAAUUCUUGACUAAAGAGAGUGUGGCUGAUUUAAGUAAGAGUGCAAAUUCUUUGAAUGGCACAGCUGCAUAUGACAUGCUUACUGUGCCACAUGGCAAACCUGAUUUAAUGAUGAGCAGGUGCAGAAGUGCUCAUUCAUUGACUGAGCCUCAGCAGAGCUAUAAUGCCUCAAAUCACAUUUCUAGGACUCAGUCAUCUGACCUGAGGGACCUCAUUCGGAAGGACUCCCAGAGACAAAAACUCAAGCGAGGAAAAUCCCUAGAUCUUAGGGACGUCCCACAGAGGUCUUACAGUCGUCGAAUACUUAAGAGAGGAAAGUCCUGUGACCUGAGAGAUCUUCCAUGCACAGAAUCUCUCGAUACACCUGGUUCAUCUGAGAUAGAGGACAGUAGAGAGUUUCUUAGAACGAGGUCCUGGGAGGAUAGGGAGGUACCUAAAGCAAGAUCCUGGGAUGGAAAAGACACCUCUCAACUCCAUGAAAGUAUGGUAAACUACAUAAACCAACUUGAAGGAGACUUACAAAAGUGUUCCAGCAUGCAACAAUGCAGUAGUCCCACAGUUGCAGUAAACUAUGGUUCUGAUAGUGGGAGUGACAACCAUAUGGAUAGAGGUUCUGGUGAGGAGGAAAGUGCUGCUAACACAAACAACCAUUGUGAGUUCUUUCAGAAUGGUGAUACCAUCCGUUCAGAUACUCCUGAGCCAUACUAUAGAAGGAGGAGGCGAGGCAGUGCUGACAGACGGAGUGGAGCAGGAAGACGCCAAAGCCUUGACAACGUAAAUGGGGAGGAGCUACUGUAUGCAUUAAGAGGGAGGCGAGGAAGUGGAGGCAGCCACUCUCACCUCAGAGGAGCUUGUGUGGCUGGAGGUAACUCUUGGAUCUCGGCCAUCCCUCGCCAUAACAGGAAGUGGGAGAGUCUCCGUCGGGGUGUUGUAGACAAGAGCAUUCGCUGCUCCACUCCCAAGCAAGGACGGAGGGGAUCUGUAGAAAACAUAUGUGGUGGCAUGGGUAGGAAAAAGAUCAGUAGUCUUUGGGACAAUAUCUUGGGACAGUAUGUGGAAGGAGAGUUAAAAGCCAAAAAAAGUUCAAGCUGCAGUUCCUUUAAAGUUGGAGGAGGUGAAGAGAAAAGUGAAUGGGUCACCACCAGAGAUGAUGUAGAUCAAGAGGAGGAGGAAGAGGAAGAGGAGGCAGCAACAACAGGAGUCUUGACUGAAUCUGGAGAGAACAGUGAGGUAGUUUGUCCUCAGAGGAGAGCCCCACGCUUCAGUGAGAUUUUUGGUGGUGGAAGCAUUGAAGAAUCCCGCAGAAGUCGCUUGGAAAUGACCUAUGGAUCCCAAGACUGUAAGGACCGUAAAAGGUGCAAGAGAUCUAAGGAUAAAAAGAGAGGUAAAAUGGUUAGUUCUGAUAGUGAUGGCGACUUCAAAUCUGCAAGUGGACAUUCCUUCAGCAGGGAAAGUGGACUGGGAAGCAGCUGUGAGGAGGAAACAGACUACAGCUCUGGCAAUGUGACCCCUGAAGGCUCCCCCUCCCAUGUAGGAUCCCAGAAGGUUAUGGCUGCCAUAAGCCAUUAUUUGCGAUCUGUAGAUGUGGCAGAAAGUGAAGAAGAUGUUGACAGCUUUAGCAAGGAAGCUGAUCACAUCAGUCCAGGUGACUUAAUGCUAAUGUCAGAUAACGAGGACAAUUUCAGCCUUAGCUGGGAGGAUCUCAUCAUAUCCUACAAGAGUCUGAAAUAUAAACCCAAUACUAGCAAGAUUUCCGAGCUUGAAAAUGGUUUUGAAAAUCUGCAAAUGGACUUACAAAAUAAAGAAGACAGUGGAGAGGUCGACAACCCUAAAUUGGAUCAAGAAUUGGAUAAACUGUUAGGCUGUGACUAUCGACAGUUGGAAGGCGAGAUUCUCUCUGGCAGAAGUACCCCAGCCCGUGGAUCAAAAGAAGUUGUUUUCUCAAGCUCUGCAAAGAUCCCUUCUCUGAAACCCACUUGCACAGAUGUGAGAAGGCCUUGGUCUGCUGAGCCUCCACGCAGUACUGAAAAGAGUCAUGUAUGCGGUGGAUCAGUGAAUAACCCAGAGAACCAUCAGAUUGAUGAUCAAACGACAGAUGAGGAUUCGAAGAGUGACAGUGUAGUAACAUGGUGUUCUCAGGACAAGAAUGUGAGUCGCCAGAGUACUAUUGUGUGUAAUGAGGAAUCGGAUGAACUUCCAGACGCAGCUGAGGACACCACAAAGGUCCCACGUCCUCCAACACCUGAUUCUGCCUUGGGAUCCGACUGUACGCCUCUUUCGCCAGUGAGCGGGGAAGAAACGACAGUUAACGACGCUACAGAGGAGGAGGAAGACGUCCGAACCCGAGGUCGCUCCAAAGAGCAAGGGCCGCAGCCGGGGCUCGAAGGAGGGCGGGACCGAAGUGUGAGCUGCAGCGAAAACAUAAAAGCCUUCUUGCUGUCCCAGCCUUGCGCCUUCGCCCACGUCGCGGGGGAGGACUGCGCCCACGAGCACACGGACACCUGCGGAGACAGGCACUUCUACCCGGACGCCGACAGGAGUUGUGUGGAAGCGUAUAAACAGGCCGCGAGCGAAUCAAAGGUUCGUCGCAGGGUGAGAAGGAAGAAAGUGAAGAAAAGGAAGGAGAAUGAAAAUGAGAAUGAAAAGGAAGAGCAAAAGGAGGUGCAGAAGGAGGCGAAUAAAGAGGUGAAGAAGGUGAAAGAGGAGGUGAAAAAGGAAGAGAACAAAAGCAUCGCAGAACCCAAGCCUUCGAAGAUGAACUCGAUUCGGAAAUUCUUCAUCAGCGUGUUCUGCACAACACCGGUGACUGUUGAAGGCAUUGCGCCAGACCAGGAGAGCCAUGGCACUGACCCAGAGCCCCUACCCCCACCCAUACCCCCCCAUGGCAUUGACCCUGCCACUGUUGCUGGGGUUGACCUGGCCCAGGCUGCUAGGCCUCUUAUGGACCCAGAGGUUAUGACCCCAGAGGAAGCACAGAGGUUGCUGAGUGCCAACAUUGUGGAGGGUAAAGUUCGGGAGGGCCAGACACUGCUCUCUGAUGAGGAGGCCCAGGAAGUAGUUCUCCUGCUGUCCCCCCAGGAGAAGGAUGCCUCUCAAGCUCCCCCACCAGUACCUCCCCACUACUCAGAUAUCCCAUCGAUGGUUCCGCCUCAUUAUGCAGACGUCACCCCGCCUGUUCCUCCCCACUAUGGUCCAGCUGAGGAUGAAUAUGACAUGAGGUUGGCCUCGCGCUUUGACCCUACAUUGACCUCACCACUGAGCCCUGAGGAAGAGCCCUCAGAGGCAGACUCAUCAGAAGCCUCUGGUGACGUCUCCCAAGUCUCCCGUGCCAAGGAGGUUUUGGUAGAAGACGGAGUUCACUACCUAGAGGAUGGACACUUCUGGGUGGAGGUUCCUGGCCUGCCAGAAGAAGAUGAGGAAGAUGAGCUGGAUCCAACACUCCCCUUCCACCAGCACACUCGCCUUACUUUCUCCAAGGAUCCCAUUCAGGUAUUCAGCACCUAUUCUGUGACAGAGUAUGACCGUAAGAAUGAUGAGGUUGACCCUGUUGCUGCCAGUGCUGAGUAUGAAUUGGAGAAGAGGGUCGAGAAGAUGGAUGUCUUCCCAGUUGAAAUUGUAAAGGGUGAAGGAGGCCUUGGUCUCAGCAUCAUUGGCAUGGGUGUUGGGGCCGAUGCUGGUGUCGAAAAAUUAGGCAUCUUUGUGAAGACCAUAACUCCAGGUGGAGCCACGGAGAGAGAUGCAAGAAUACAAGUCAAUGAUCAGGUUAUUAGUUUAGAAGCAGAAUUAACAAAUGCACAGAAAACAGCAGGUCUUCCAGUACAGGUUCCUGCUGAUGCAAAUACACAGCCUGCUUAUUGGCAAUUACAGCAGAGUGCACAAUCUGCCAAGCAGCCUCCCCGCAAGCCCAGUCUCUGCACACUCGACCCGGAGAUAUCGGACACGGAAACUUCUGACACCGGCAACUCAGAGGGCGACAAAGCCAACACUGUAGAGCGCAAGAUGCCAGUGAAGGAGGAGUUAGAUGAGGCAGUUCCGCCCCAUGAGCUGCUGGAUGUGUCAGCAAGCAGAGCAAAGGGAGAGCUAGCGGCGAGGGGUGGUCUGGCCAACCGUCACCUUCCCUCCCUGAAAAAGACCACUAGUAUGAGUAGUGCUGGGAGUCAAGACCACAGCCUGGAUGACAGCAGCCUGGAUGAUGAUCUGCCAGAAUCCCAGAAGCAUGUGGCAACGGAGGCUAUGCAGGAACUUCAGCAGGACGUAGGGAUCCGGAGGUCAGCUGAUAUCCUGGAGUCUCCUUUACCUCCUCCCCAGAGCAUCCUGCCACCCUCUAGUAUGGUGAAAUCCACCAAAACUCCCCCACCACCUCCCCCUUAUAGUCACCUAGGUAGUCCCCCUCCGUACCAGCACCCACCAGGCCAGUUCAGCUCUGGCCGCCAGCCCUUAGCGCCCUCCCAUGUCCUGCCUGAUCCCCCCUCUAGCUUGCCAAUGCGACCCCUUGGUGUGGGGAUGGACUGCCAGCCCCACCACGACACCCAGUCAGAGUCACGACCUGAGAUUCCAUACCGGCAUCCCCCACCUGUUGCCCGAGUCCUGCCGGUCAACAGAGCCGAGAUUUCUGAGUCGUCUAGCUUGGCCUCGCACUUAGCCAACCGCACACCUCAACAGCAGAGUUUAGCUGAGCAACUGAAGGCUCUCUUGGCUGAGAGGGAUCUCCAAACGGAUAGUGUACAGCAAAGAAAUGAUCGGGAUGUGAGUCCCAACAAAAGGUCUCCCACUAGCCUAAUGGAAGAUGUAAGACAAGCUGUUUUACAAGCAGAUGUCUCAUCACAUGUGGUUCCCUCGGGACAGAUGGUCCACCAGCUGGGUUCACCUCAGCGUACGCAGCCCUCUGUUCAUUAUACUCCUAGUGGCCGAGAAUCCCAGCGCGAAAGCAACACGGGUUCAGGAUCUCCCAGACUAGGCCGCAGUAACAUUCAUAGCAGUUCUGUAAGCAGUGUGAGUUCCAGUCCAUCUGGGGUAGUGUUACUCAGCCAGCGACCCCUUGACCCCUCCCUUCCAGCUCACAAAGUGGGACCAGGUGUAGAUGGCAGCAGCGGUGACCUAAGCAGCGGUCCUGCAUCACUUGGGUCAGGGGACGAGGGAUCCGGGGCAUCCCUAGGUUCCCAGAGUUCCCUGUCCCUAUCCCACCCCCCUACAGAGAGGUCAAAACGUUCUCACAUGUGGCAGACGACACCUGUGGUUGACUGGAGCAAGGAGCAGGUGAACCAGUGGCUGAUAGUCCAGGGUCUGGAAGGGUGUGUGGGGCGAUUCCAAGAGAUUGGCAUCACGGGACCAAGACUACUUAAUUUGGACGUGCGUGACUUGAAAGCUCUUGGACUCGCACCUGAUGAUAAGAGCAAGUUGAAAAGAAAGGUCAAGGAACUCAGAAUAGCUGUAGAGAAAGAGAGAAAACAAGUAGAAAAAGAGAAGAAAGAAAGAGAGAAACUUCAAAAGAAAGCUGAGAAACUUGCAGAAAAGGCUGAAAAGAAGAAGAAGUAAAAAUGCUCUGUUUUUUUUAUUAUUAAAAAAAAUGGAAAAAAAAAUCUUUUUAAUAAAAAACAAAUAAACUGUCUAAUGCUCA